GCGGAACCAACUCUGGCUGUGAGUCGUGUGCAUGGCGAGCUGCUUUGUGUUGUGGUGCUGGUAUGCAGCAGUUCGGUCAGACUGUCUGUCUGUAGCCUCACACAGCAGAGAGACAGUCCGGCUCGGCUCGGCUCGGUUCGGCAGUCCAUGUCCGUCCACCGUCAAGUCCUCUGACAGGUCGUGACUAGCGGCGAAAGCUCUCGAGUCAUCUGCACCAUGAAGACCAAGAAGUCCAGAGGAGUUGCACCGACGUCGCCUUCAUGCCGACAAAAGACUCGCUUCACCUUUCGAGGGAGAAAGAAAAAGGACGGAGUGAUCCAAGGCAAGCUUCGCAUCCGCUCCACACCCGGAGCCUUCCUGGUGCUCGGGGUUGUCGUGGUGGUUGUCGGUACCGCUCUGGCUGUUGCGGGGUACUGGCCCUAUCGGAUAUCGAGGUCGGCCAUCCUGGGAGCUGCAGAGGGGGAGAGCAUCUCUGAGAAGCAGACUUCUGGCUGGAGCUUGGGCGCUAAGGGCUUCCUGUCCACCGCCAGCCUCAUCCACAGCGACCGGAUGAAGCUGCUGGGGCCCGUCAUCAUGGGGGUGGGACUCUUCAUCCUCAUAUGCGCCAACACCGUUCUGUAUGAGAACAGGGACAGAGAAACUCAGAUGCUGCUGGCUCAGAUGCGCAGCGUUAUCUGCUCCGUGUCUGCAGCUGUGCCCUCAGCAGACCUGAAAGAAAUAGCAGCAGCAAACUCGAUGGCCAAACACUACCAGUGGGUGAGCAGUCUGCCAGCCGCACAUCUCAACAUCCUCUGUCUGCAGCCGCUGGCCAGCUCUGAACCCCUGCUCCAGACCAGGUACACCAGAGACCAGGAGGACAGCGUGGAGGGCAUCUACCAGCAAGCUGUCCUCCAGACAGAAGCCCUCCACCACCAGGAGUCAGAGCGUCCACCUUCACUCCCCUCAUCGUGCUCUAAAUCAUCUAAUUCCAGCCAGACGGACUGUAACACGCAGUCGAGUGCUGUAUGUGGUGGCAGCUUCAACACACAGGCUCCCCCGCUGGUCAAGCUCAACGUCUGCCUGGUGUCUGCCAGCUCCAUGUCCACCCUUGGACUGGACGAGGUGGACGUCCGUGCCGCCCAGCCAAGGCGCUGCCACAGUAUGAGUUAUAGGACUAACCCUUACAAAGCCCCAGUGGGGGUGAGGCUGGAGGAAGGACUCCUGACAUCCAGAGAGAAGGAUCAGAUCAAUCAGCUGGUGAUCACUAGCAGAGAGGCCGGCUCACAGGUCUGCAUGAACAUCCCCGGGCAGGUCGCCGACACUGUGGAGGAGCAGACCCACCAGAGCUGGCCUCGGCUAGACCUGGGCAGCGGGAGGCGAUACCUGAAGCUAGAGAACAGAGAGGACUCAGUGGACAAACUGCUGGACCAGUUGGAGCAGCAGUGCUCUCACUUCGACAAGAGUUUUGGCUCUGGGCCUUUCCAGUGAUGGCUGCUGGAGCUUCACAGUCUGGAGGAUACAAACAUCGAGGAAUAAUGAUGUCCUUUCUGGAUUCUAAGACUGCUUUGUGUUCGAACUAUUUGGAGUAUGAUGUUAUAUCAGAAAGAUCUUCCAAAACUUGGGCCCUUUCUCAAUCUUGAGUGGAAUACUGACAGACAGGUUGUCGUCUUUGCAUGGCUGAAUGUUUUCUACAACUUAAGGACAAGAACAAUAUGCAUCCCCGACACUGUCACUGCUGAGCGACGCCAUUUGGCAGAUUGUUUACUUCUGCAGUUUGGGUUGGCAGCAAAAAUCAGCUUGUAUCUUACCAAAGUGGGUUUGUCUGUUGCCAUGAUGCAGUGUGUCCAACCCAGCGAAGGAGAGAAGGACUGGUAGAAGAGAAGGGCAUCAAAUUCACUGUGCAAUCAAUUUUGAACCAACUACCUGGACUCCUGAGCCCAUUAAGUGCUGACAGCUCUUCACAAAUGCAACUGCUAUAUGAUUUGGGACUUGUUUUUUCUUACCAAGGUCCCACAGUUGAAAUGCAAUGCAUGGCAGUGAUGUACAGUAUGUUACAUCUUAAUCCUUAUGCACAAUAAUGUCAUUGUUGGUUUAAUGUGUGUACAAAACAAUGGUAGUUAAAGGGUCAUUCUGGUUGAUUACAACUUGGAUCAUAUUUUCUCAGGCUUGACCAUCACUCCUGGUGUCAUGUAUGAUAAAGUUAUACUUGUCUUUCUGUCUGUCUGUCUGAACCCUCUGGCACAGGACACACAACCUCACAUGGCCUAGUG